CCCCCGCUAUCCCCACCCGCCUCGCCCCGCUGUCCCCAACCGCCUCCUCCCCCGCCUCGCCCCGCUAUCCCCGCCCCGCCUCCGCCCCGCCUAUCCCCGCCC